CAGAACGAAGCAGUAUGUGAUAUGUGUGGUAUGUGAUUGUAUUAACCUACAGUGUGUCGAGGUAGUAGCGGUAGUAGUUGGGUGAUAUCUCGUCAUCGUAAUCUCCUCUUUCUCUCUCUCAUGUCCUCCUCCUUCCCUUCUCCACUACAAGUCUACAAAUGCACAAGUUAAAAAUGAAAACAGAUUGAUGUGUGCGCAUGGCUCGCCGGCCAUGGCAGCUUGAUAUCUUUCCAAGAGCAAUAAACGCCUUCGCCAUGAGUGUGACCAGGUUCGGCCUGAUAUCCUGGAACGAUGAUGGUCGUCCCUGUGCUUCGAGUCGUAUCCCAAAAGGAAGCUCUGCGGUGCUGUGUCCGUUGAUCCAAUCGAGGUCUUCAACAAAUUUCAAACAAAUAGAAAACGAUUUUUGACAGCGGUAACGAGCGAAGAACUUAAAAGUUCUGUGCUAUGCCCGAGUUUCCUUGCUGAUAAUUGCCUGGCUGUUGUAUGCGCGUGUUCCGUCGUGCCGAUACAUCCUGCACAACUGGCAUGCCAUCUUGGCCACCAGUCCCACCAUACGAGCCGUCUCCAUACGGGCCAUGUUGGCUGUAUCCAUACCCUGCCGCUGGAUUGUAAGGCUCAUAAGAAGAUGGCACGCUACCAGGCGGUGGCAUCUCUGCCGAGAUAUCCGAGUGUGCGCCUGUCGUGUAUGUUGACGAGGCGUUCGAAGGACCGCGCUUCACGGCUCCUUGUGUGCCAGCUCCGGCUAUAGGUCCUUGACCCAAAGACCCGAUGUCGCUGUUCAUGGUCUCUCGCCUUUGGUGCAUGAGAGGAUCGCCACUCUGUUCGGAGACUCCACCACCAGGCGAAUGGCCGCCGUAUGGGGUGCUACCCGCGUCAGAGAGCUGGCCUUGGGUAUGGCCUCCAGAGAGGGUGGUCGACAUCUUACGAUUCGAUGCGCCCGCCGCACCCCAUCCACGGUAGCCGUUAUUGUCUUCCGACAUUUCGUGGCCGCUUUCUGAGACGACGGUAGGAAGGGUGGGAUCAUUGUUGGGGUUGAAGCCAUAAUCCUCGACCUCCUUACGGCGCGCCUCCUCCGCAGCCUUCUUUUGCUUCCUUUUCCUCCAGAAGAAGAUACCGGCGAGUACUAAGAGUGCGACAACGACUACAGGAACCACGACUGCGAUGGCGGUGACUCCAGCAGUGCUAAGUCCACCGCCACUGCCGCUUCCACUGCUUCCACCGCCGGUGUUAAGCGCGGCUUGUGACGAAGUUGCGCUGCCAGUGCUGCUCGUAAACUGCGUGGUCACAGGUGAUUGCGAUGGCGAGUUUGUCAGAGUGACAACGACAGUUAUAGGUGUGUCAGUGUCGGUGGGGUUGGUUGGAGAUUGAGUUACGACCGAUGUAAUUACUCGGGUGGUCGGCGGCACGGACGACAGGCUGAGUGUGCUUGUUGAAACGACUUGCUGGCUGCUCGUUGUCGGCGCUCGAGUAGUCGUUGUGGGAGACACAAUCUCGGAGGAGACGGAGGAGCUGAUGGAAGAAAGGAUGCUCGAGCUGCUCUCGGCCGGGUUGGUAGUCGAGGUGUGGUAGAGUUCGACAUCGUGAGGGCGGCACAGUGCACAGGAUGGCGACACAGCAGAAAAGUACUUGGGUACCUGCGCGGUGUCUGAUUCGCUGGGGCGUCGUAUUAGCAGCGAGCCCAGGCAAGCACGGCAAGAGUCGAGAGUCGGGACCUUGCCGCAUAAGCGAGUCGACAGCGCUGCGAGGAAAUGGAGUCGUAGUGUCGGGUAGACGGUGUAGUGCAGUCGCUGCUCGCAAGAUGGAAUGUUCGAUGGCUUCGAUGGACCUGGGCUUCGUUGAGAUGAAACCUUCGUCGCUCCUCUGGCUCCUCUGCCCCCUGCUCCGUCUGGUUCUAGGGCGCCUCUAUUCUACGCACACGUUCCCGUGGGUCGUCGUCGUCGUCGUCGUCGCCGUCGCCGUGAGCUGCUCGGCGCCUCUCGUGCUCUGCUUGCUGGUCGGUUCAACCUUACGGCGGCUCUUCAAGCAGAGAGCGUCACAGGCUGGCAGAUGCGCAGCAGGAAGAGAACAGAAGCUCGAGAUGAACGCCUCGGAGGUGGAAAAGCCGACACACCUAGCACAGUGCGUCGCCUCAUUUCCUGAUCCACCGGCCGCGCAGAAGAUCAUCUCGUUUAUUACCUGGUCGACUCGCAUCUACGACGUUGCGCUUCCUCCCGUCUGCCUUGAUGCCAUCUCCAAAGUGACGCGGCUGGCUGCUGACAGAAUAAUAAUACCAACUGCAUGCGCCCUGCUACCACUCAUGGCCACGGCCACACCUCCUACAGUACAACACCGACCCUCCAAGGCGCUCAGGAGGAGUGACCGAAGCUGGCUGACUGUGCCGACCCCUCGCCAAUGGCAUCGUGCCAUCGUGCCAACCUCGGCCCCGAUACGAAGAAGCUUGUCGUACCUUGAUGCGGCUCUGCUAUUUUCCAUUUUGGAACUCCAACUGGAAGGACCCCUCGGUCGCAACUGGAAGCUUGAAAGUGCAGCACUCAGUCUCAGGUCAUGGAAGCAGCAAACAAGAAGCCAAAUAAUCAUUGUGUCUCUGAGCAACGAGCACGACCUCCCAGACCACACGUCCCAUCUCGUACAAGGAUUCUCAAAUACGACAUCACACCCAAAAUAUCCUUGGAAUUCAGCUUUCGACUUGAUAAUAACACGAUUUGGCUACUGGCACUCGCAAAAGCAUGAUUUAGAUAGAUGCUCGGCAUUUCCGAUUACGACCUAUCUAUGGCAAGCGCAGGUCGCACAGCAGCAGCACUCUGGCUGGGUGCAUUGUGAGAUCGGGACAUAUGCCGGAGGAUCACACGAAGCGGUAGCCGGCAAACUACAGCCCUGCAUCGUUCUUUCCGAGGGAAAAGAAGCAACAACCCUGCGACAAAGCUAUCAUGGUGACCGCUUCCACUGCUCAGCGAUCUCACGAUGCGUCAAAAACUCCACCUCAUCCCCAAAGCUCUGUAACCACCGCAAGAAUCUCUCCACCAUCCCCUUAACCGCCUCCCAAUCCCCUUGUCAGGUUCCACUUUCCAUGCUAAAUCCGACUGCGAUGUUCUAA